AUGGCUGGAAGUUGCUACAGACCGUACAUACAACCUUCAGAGCCGAUCCUGGCUCACAUAUCGUCCAGUGAAAGCAAGAAAUUCCCACUCAGGCGGCAGAGACUCAUAGAAGCUAUCUACAAUAACAUCAUGCAGGGAAGGAUUGAGAGGCUACGGAAUCUAAGCGCGACUACAUUCAAGGCGACCGCCACAGCUCUACCGGGACCGAUAAAUCACAUAACUUUAGGCAGCAAGCACCUUCCUUCAUAUUUGACCACCUACAAGCAUAGACAAACUUCAAGAUCCGUAUGGAGGAUGAUUCAGAAGACCAUGUUAGGUGAUGGACAGGUAUUCUUCAAUCAUUUCAUCAGGGCUACAGAGGAGAUUACUCUAGAGACUACUCUGGCCUUGGCGUGGCGUCGUGUUGCGGGCAUCAUAGCCUGGGCUUUGACACUCACAGGAUGCGCAGAAACCAUGGCUAUAGGUGGAAGGAUGGAGGAUGGACGCAGAGGCUGUGCUGCUUUGGGGUCCUUCCCAGGAAAAGCUCCCGAUGGUUGGAAGUCAGCUUUCUUGUCUCGUGACGAAUGCACUCCUAGCUCGUAA